CGGAGCCAGACCACAGUAAAACAUUUACAGAAGAAAUGUUGUAGAUCAAGUAGACAAAUGUGGUUGGGUCAGGGUACAGUAGUUCCCCGGGGUUGCUUGGAUUGUUGCUGAGCUGGAGAGGACAUUGCUGGAUUCAAGAUUUCAGACUCUGCUCAUGGUGUUAUAUCCAACUACUCCUCAUCUCACUCUCGACCCAACAAUAUAGGAGUGGCAUUCGACAGUGCAAACUCUUGGCCUCCGCCUCCUAUCGAGAGAAUGCACACGUGCCUCGUGCAGAUUUUUGCAGCCACUGUGAGCAACAUGACGAUGCUGGACACUACUGACUCCCAGGACCUCGACACAACCUCAGACAAGCUCAUCUACCCCAUCAGCUUCCAGGUUUCUCUGACAGGACUUCUACUUCUGGAGAUAGUUUUGGGCUUGAGCUCCAACGUCACUGUGCUCGUCCUCUACUGUACGAAACAGAACCUUAUCAGCUCCAUCUCCAACAUCAUUACCUUGAACCUGCAUGUAGUGGAUGUGUUGGUUUGUGUGUGCUGUAUUCCACUGACGGCAGUGGUGGUGUUGCUUCCUUUGGAGACGGACACAGCCAUGAUCAGCUGUUUCCAUGAGGCUUGUGUCUCCUUUACAAGUGUAGCAACAGCUGCUAACGUCCUGGCCAUCACUGUAGACCGCUAUGACAUCUCAGUGCGCCCAGCGAGUCGUGUGCUUACGAAGGGGCGCGCUAUGGGUCUACUGGGGUGCAUUUGGGCUCAAUCCUUUGGCAGUUUCCUGGUUCCAUUCAUUGAAGUCAGCUUCUUCAUCAACUCUGGUUCAGACCUUGUGAACGGGACUGCUGUGGUCACAGUGGUUCAUCCGAAUGAGUAUUACACAGAGCACGGCUUGUACUAUCACCUGGUAGCACAGAUCCCAAUAUUCUUUUUUACAGCUCUGGUGAUGCUGGUGACUUACUACAAAAUACUUCAGGCACUUAAUAUACGCAUUGGUGCAUGCUUUCAGAACCACUUACCCAGCAAGAAGCAAAAGAGCAAAACCAGUCUCUGCCUGAGCACUGCAACACAAGCAGAGUCCACCGACUCUUCGCGGAGCAGCAUGGGAGUCAGGGCAAGUGGGAAUGCACCUCUGGACAUGCAGGCGUCAGUGUCCGUCAUAAUCACGCUCCGGCGAGCAGUGAGGCGCCAUCGUGAGAGACGGCAGAGGCAGAAACGAGUCUUCAGGGUUUCUCUUCUCAUCAUCUCCACCUUCUUACUUUGCUGGACACCAAUAACUGUGCUCAACACCAUCAUCCUCAGCACCGGGACCAGUAGUUUAACUGUUCUCUUCCGGUUAGGUUUCCUGGUGAUGGCAUAUGGAACCACCGUCUUUCACCCGCUGCUGUAUGCCUUUACUCGGCAGAAGUUCCAAAAGGUUUUAAAAAGCAAGAUGAAGAAAAGGGUUGUGUCUGCAGAAGAACAUUAAUUUUUUGGGCGGGCGGGGGGUUG